ACGCCAAGAUGUUUUUCGAAAGUAUUCUUUUAAACGCGAUCGUCUCAAUAGUAUUAAUUCUAGCUUUAAUCAUCGACUAUGUCACAAAAUUCUUCAGCUACUGGUAUAUCAGGCAUAUACCUUAUAAAUCGUCGAUACCGUUCUUCGGUUCCGACUACCAUAGAGUCUUUGGUAUCAGAAACACAACUCAAGAAGUGAAUAAACUUUAUGAGAAACAUCCUAAGGAGAAAUUCGUCGGAUAUGUUAAGAGCAGGAUACCGGAUCUGGUCGUUAGAGACCCGGACGCCAUAAAGAAGAUGCUGUCAACAGAUUUUGCAAAUUUCCAUAGCAGAGGCCUUGGCUUGGACAAAUCUCAGGAUGUUUGUUUACGAAACAAUUUGUUUUACGCUGAAGGAGAAAAGUGGACCUUAUUGCGGAAGGGGCUAGAAUCUAUUAUGGAUAGUUUCGAGUGCGACUUUGGACAUAGUUUACAUGGCUGUUUGUCGGGAACAAAUGGAGAUGCUAACGUUCAACAGUUGUUGUCAAAGGUAUUGGAUGCGAUCUUCAAAGACAUGUUAUUGGAUAGUAGUUCUGAUGCGACCGUAAUAACGAAUAUAAGAUCAACUGUACAGAGACGUCCUUUGGUGGACAGACUAAAGAGUUAUUUGAAAAAUAUAUUCCCCUCACUAUAUAUUUUAUUUGGUCUAGUUACAGUACCUGAAGAGCCAUCAAACAAAACGAAAAAAAUACUUGAACAAUCAAAAUUGAUGGAAAAAAUAAAAACUGGGUCCGUUUUCCAAUUGGGCAUAAAAGAAAAAGAAAAAAGAACUGUUAGCGAAGUAGAAUUCGCAUAUUCCAUGUUAGCAUCAUUCGUAACGGAGGGUUACGUGCCGUGUCAUAAUUUGCUAACAUCUUUACUGUACGAGUUGGCAAAGAGCCCAGAGGCACAGCAAAAAGUGAGACUAUCUGAAGAAUAUUUGGACGCGUCCAUUAAAGAGGCUUUGAGGCUUCAUCCACCGUACUCCGUAAUUACCAGACAAUGUGUCAACACAUACAAUUACGAUAGCAGUCUGUUGAUUGAUAAACGAAUUACAAUUAAUAUACCAGUUGAUGCUUUGCACAAAGAUAAAAUUUAUUAUCCCAAACCAGAAGUUUUCAAUCCGGAUAGAUUUUUGGAUAAUAAUAAUUCGAAUGCACAUAGCUUUGCCUAUUUGCCAUUUGGUACUGGUCCAAGAAGGUGUAUUGGUGAACAACUGUCGCUACAAAUUGUACGAAGAAUAACGAGUUCGAUACUAAAGCAGUUUGAAAUCGAACCUUGUGCAAGAACACCACAGUCUUUGCCAGUGACUGAUUACAACUUUGGCAGGGUCAUUGACCGCGAUAUCUGGGUUAACUUUAAACCGAUUAGAACAUAAAUACAAACAGUAUUAACUAACUAUAAAUCCCGGCCUUGCCUAUGUAUAUUA